AUGGAGAAGAUCACGGAGAAGAUUGCGGCAUUGCCGCCGGAUGAACGCUAUUUUUCUCUGGAAUUCUUCCCUCCGAAGACGCAGAUGGGUUCCGUGAAUCUUCAAGCCCGUCUCGAGCGCAUGGCCCAGGCGCUGCGGCCGCUGUUUGUAACUGUGACAUGGGGAGCUGGAGGAACCACAGCGGCAAAGUCUCUUGAGCUGGCCGAGAUUUGCCAGCGACAAUUGCAGUUGACAACAUGUCUGCAUCUGACGUGCACAAAUAUGAAUAGGAAACUGAUCGAUGAGGCGCUGGAAGAAGCCAAGGCACUUGGCAUUAGGAAUAUUCUUGCUCUUAGAGGAGACCCGCCUCGCAGCGAGGAAUACAACAUGGACGGCGACGAUGAUAGCAACAAGGAUUUCACAUGGGCCAUAGAUCUGGUUCGAUAUAUUCGACGCACACACGGUGACUAUUUCUGUCUUGGAGUAGCUGCGUAUCCGGAAGGUCAUCCUGGGGAGUCCCAAACCGACAUACAAGAUCCAGAGAAGGAUCUUCCUUAUUUAGUGGACAAAGUGCAGGCGGGAGCAGACUUCAUCAUGACCCAAUUAACAUAUGACUUUGACGCAUACAAGAAGUUUGAGGAAAGCGUUCGCAAUCAUCCAUCGGGGGCGAUGAAGAAUAUACCAAUUAUUCCAGGCCUCAUGCCAAUCCACGGUUACAAGAUUCUUACAAGAGUGACGAAGCUCAGCGGAGCCCACAUCCCACCGGCGAUUAUGUCACGCCUCGAGCAAGUCAAGACCGAUGACGAGCAGGUCAAACAAGUCGGUGUCGAUAUUGUGAGCGAAAUUGUGGAUCAGAUCAAGGAGUUGCCCCGUUCAGGGCACCGCGGAUAUCAUUUUUACACCCUCAACCUGGAGAAGUCCGUUUCAUUCAUCCUAGAACGCUGCGAUCUGAUUCCACAAUUCAGCCAAGAUAGCGCCGUUGACGAGGAUAUCGCGGUUGAAGAUGCUGCGUCGUCAAAUAAUAUAGAUGGUGUCAAGCCUACUGCGUUGUCACGCCGUCGAGCCUCGUCCAUCAAUUCCGGUCCUCAUAAUCGAGUGAUAGUAGAUAAGCUGCACGUUCCCACCGACCAACAAUCUGAGCGUUCAUCAAAGAGAUCCAUCACAUAUGAAACUCUUGCUUCUAGUGCCGGUGUUCCGGCAUUAAACCCCCCUCCGCGGAGCACCCAACUACAGAUCUCAGAAGGCGUCGGAUCAUUGGGCCGAGAAGCGACGUGGGAUGAUUUUCCCAACGGACGUUGGGGAGACUCACGAUCGCCAGCCUUUGGUGAGAUUGACGGCUACGGUCCUUCUCUACACGUCAAUGCCACAACUGCAAGACAACUAUGGGGAUUCCCCGUGACCAGGGAUGAUAUCGGCGCCCUUUUCCGAAAACACGUCGCCGGGGAACUAUACAUUGUCCCAUGGUCUGAAGGAGGUGCAGCGGAAGACGCAAAUCUCAACGCAGAAACGCAGGUGAUCAAAUCGCAGCUCUUGCAGAUCAUUGAGAAGAAAAAUUGGUGGACGCUCGCAUCGCAACCCGCAGUUAACGGCGUGCGAAGUGACGACCCUAUCUUCGGCUGGGGCCCGCCUGGCGAGGGAUUCGUCUUCCAGAAAGCGUUUGUUGAAUUCUUCUGCCCCAGCUCCGACUACCAAACCAAAGUGAAGCCCACGCUCCUAAAGCACGGCAGCGAGGAAUUUGCCUGGUUUGCAACCAACGCGGCUGGCGAUUUUGAGUCGUCAUUCUCUGCUGUUGCUGCUUCGUCUUCUUCUUCUCCUCCCUCUUCCUCGCCAGGAGCCUCGGCUGCUGAUGACGAGCAAGUCGAAAUCUCCGAGAAUACCGGUAUGGCAGUGACAUGGGGCGCCUUCCGGGGCAGGGAGAUUACAACACCCACGAUCAUCGAGGGGGUCAGCUUCCACGCUUGGGGCGAGGAAGCGUUCCGCAUCUGGGAUGAGUGGCGGCGUAUCUAUCCUCGAGGAUCGGCUACAGAGCGACUCUUGAACGAGACCAAGAACGACGUGUGGCUUGUUUGCGUGAUCGGACACAGGUACGGGGCGGGUAACGAGCCUGGUUCGGAGGCAGAGAAGAAGGAGAUGAAUAUGUUAUGGGACGUGCUUGCUGGUGAUAUGUAA